AUGUUCCGCAACGAGGGCAUCGUCGACAUGACCAGCACUGUCCUGCACGGCACGUCGGCGCCCGUCCCCUCUUUUCAGCGCGUCAUCCCAUACGGCGCGGGUGCGGUGGAGGCGGCAGACGAGCGCUUGCUCGAGGAGGUCAAGGCUCGCCGUCUCGCUCGCUCACAAGCCAAGGCCCGGCAUCAAGCAGUCCGCCCAGCAGCCAAGGGUCAACAAGUCGCCCGCACUGGUGUCGCAGCCCAGCACCAGCCCAUGCUGCCGAUCGACCGAAAACUCGCCAAAGCACAAGCCCGCCGCGAGCAUCUCGAAGAGGAACUGAAGAAGGCCGUGGAGGAGGAGAAGACACUGGAGCGGAAGAAGGCGAGGAUGAUGGAGUCGGAGAAGACGAAGAAGUAG